AUGUCCACCGGGGGACGGUCGCGCGGCGCCGCGCGACAGCUCGCCGCGGUCGUCCGCGACGGCGGCGCGCGCGCCUCAACCUCCGGGCGCGCAGGGCCCGAUGAGCGGUCGCCGGUUCAUCAUCUUCUCGGGAAGAUUUGGGCUUUUGGCGCGCGCCGGCGACGCAGCGGCCCGGGAUCCGGCGGCACCGCCGCCGCCCCGCCGCCCGCCGCCGACCCCGCCAAACGCGCGGACGAGCGCCUCGCGCGGCACCUCGGCCUGCCGGCCAUCCCGCUCCCCAAAUCCCUCGUCGACGGUCACCGAGGCGUCGACCCCAGAUGGCGCAUCCAUCGAGUCUCGACCGAGACCACCGCGACGUCGACGGGCCAACCCAGGGUGACGCUCAUCGUGCAGGACGCGAGAAGGGCGGAAAUCACGCGCGAGCGAGAGUACUUCGGCGUCGACGCGCCCGGACCAAACGCCGCAAACACGGACGCCGCGGACCGCGAGCCGCACCUCUGGAAGUGGCUCGCCAACGCCGGGAUGAACAUCUCGACCAAAUCCCCGAGCCGACAAGGCGUGUGGGUCCUCGCGGAUAGGAUCCAACCCCCGCCCAACAACGGCGGCCGAUCUGCGGGGGGAGCCUCCCUCUUCGACGACGUUCGCGGACGGCGGACGGUUCGAGCCAACCGCGCGUCGCCGCUGUUCACGGCGCGGGCGACUCGCGGGGGCGGCGCCGGUUUAAUCCCGGGCGCGAAGAUCGAGUUCACGCCGGAAGGGGAAGCCGUCGUGGACCACGUCGCGCUCAACGCGCUCCUGUACCUGCAGAAACCCAACACGAGGGAGGUGUACGUGUCCUUCCUGGGGUUACACGCGGGGCGAGUCGGUCAGGCGGCUGGGGGACAGGGACAGGCUGGCCAUCAAUCCGUGCACUCGGGCAGGGGCAAGUCGGCGGCGGAUCACGUCGCCAUGGGGGAACAACUCGCGUUCCACGCGGAGGCCGCUCGGCGGAUCAACUGGCUGGGCACGCGGCUGGGGUUCGACGUUAACUCGGAUCGAUGGGACGGGCGAUCGCCGGUGACGAUGUGCGAGCCGUGGAGGUUGCAGCUCACGCGGCUGCCGCCCAAGGUGGCGGAAGCGGGUGGGGGGAAAGACAGGUGGCUCAUCGCGUGCGUCGUCCCGCCGGCCAACGCUGCUUUCGACGGAGGAGGCGUCGCGGGAGGGACCGCUAACAACGCACUCGCGGAUAAUCCCGUCGUCGUCGCCGACUUGGUGGAGUCCAUCGACUUUGCGCAGCGAACGGGGACGCGGCUGGCGGUGUGUGGGCUGGAGCUGGCCGGUACGCACCCGCAGCGGCUUAUCAGCAAAUCGACUGGGACCCCCCCGUCGUCGUCGUUUGAUUGGUCCUCCUCCGCUGGAGAGGAGAUCGACUCGAUCGACUCGAUUUCACCCGCGGACGCGCAGUGGCGACUGCAACGCGAGGACCUUGUCAACGCCGUGGACAAGGCGGCGCGGGCGCACGCGGCGGUGACGACGGCGUACGUCCGCGAAAACACGCAGCGGAUAUGGCUGGAAGACUGGACGCACGAGGGGCUUCGUUUAGAGGAGGCGUCGGCGCUCGUCGUCGACGGCGCGCGUUCGCCCGAGUGGGCGGUGCGCUGGUUCGCCGGGUUUUCGCGGCCGUACUUGACGACGCCGAACGACCGCGCGCUCGUCUCCGCGCUGUCGAAGUGGGGAGCCGACGCGGGGCGAGGAGGAAAAGCGGAUUCGUUCUCUGCCGACGUCACCUCUUCGUCGUCGUCGUCGUCGUCGUCCUCUGGCGCGGCCGUGUCGUCACGAUCGCCGCCGUGGUUCUUCCUCGACCCGAUGGCGUCGCUCGCGCGGUUUUGGAAAGGUUCUCUUUCCAGACUCUUUCCGAAUCUGUAUAUGAGCGGCAAUGUUACACACGCAGACUACGUCAGGGGCGCGGUGACGCCGCUGAUGCGUGAGACGUGCCGAUACCUCGCGAACGAGAUUGGCGAGAAGCGGUGCGUGGAACUGCUCGCGGAGCAAAACGUGGCUGGCGCGCGUGAGUGCCUGCACGAUUUUCUCCUCGGGUCCAAGUUUGACGGAGGAUCCGUGCUCGAUCGCGACUGGAACGCAAUGUUCCCGCCGGGCUCAUCCGCCGCUUCCGAAGGUCUCGGGAACACCCGCGACGGCUACUUCCCGCCGGGCUCCUCGGCACCCUCGGCACCCUCGGCACCCUCCUCCUCCUCCUCCUCCUCCUCGAGGGGCGCGCGGUUCUUCGACGCCAUCAUGGGCGACAACCUUCCGCUUCGCGCGGCGUCCGACGAAAACCUUCGCGAACCCGGCUUGCUCUUCGCCGCGUUUCGUAAGUUCCGGAACAACGUCGACCUCAUGACGACGCGCGUCGGCGCGUGGCACCUCAACCUGGCGUUCGGUCACGUCCUCGCCCGCGUCGAACACCUGCGAACGACGUCGCCCGACGAUGUAUCUCUGCUGCCCCUGCAUCGCAUGACGGUGGAUUGGAUCGAGCGCCUGUGCGAGGGGCACCGUUCGUACCUGGUCGACGGCCGCGGGAUUCGACAGGUGUACCUCCGGGACGCGGACAAGGUGUCGAGGGGCGCGACGGCGCUCAUCGACAGGUGCGACGACCUGAGACGGCGGAUGGACGACCUCAGGGCGCGGCACGAGGGCGCUUUGGCUGACUUAAAAACGCUCGCCGAGGAUGUAGAAAAAGGUUUCGCGAAGGGCGACGCGGAUGCCAUGGCUAUGGCCAUGGGCGCCGAGGUGGAGCGAACGUACGACCUGAGCGACGAAUCGGGUUUGAACCACGACACGUUGUUGGAGGAUGAUUUCACCAGCGCGGGGUGGCGCGAGUCGCUUCGCAGGCUCGAGGAGGCCAUCGCGAGGUUGGAGUCGUUUGAGCCCGAUUUUACCGAGGACGCACGAGUCGCCGCGUCGUCGUCCCCCGACGGCUUCGUCCGCGCCAUGAGCUACGACCUGCCGCCGUACGUGCCUUCCGCGGAGGACGACUUCGGAUCCAACGAUGAACUCACGGAGACUUCGGACGACUUCGGAUCCGAGGAUGGGCGUGCGGAGCGGGAGGCGGUUUUAGCGGGGGCGGUUGGGAAGCUCGAACCCUCGAAGGCGGAGUUUACAACCAAAAACUCGGGGCCCGUGCGAGCGACGACGAGCGCGCCGGUGACGAUCGACCUCGACGGUACCGUGUCCGCGUUGCGCCUGCGGGGGCCCGCGACGGACGGGGACUCCACGCAUCAUCGCCCGCGGGCGGGUCCCGGCGCGGACUUUCCGCUGGUGGACGAGGCGGAGAUGCUCUCGGUGUACGAGGAUUGGCUCCGUCCGUUGAACGAAGCGCACUGCGUUCUUUUGAGAGCGUACGAGCUACGGAAACAGAUGCGCGCCGCGGUGGACCUGGUGGCGGCGACGGAAAAGAUCGACCCGAGCGGGAUUCGAACCGCCAUCGAAAAAGCAAAGACGGAAGGGGCGCCGCACUCGACCGUCGUCGCCGCGGAGGAGAGGCUGUUGGCCCUCGAGGACGAGCUCGCCGCGUUUAUUCGCGCCAGGCGCAGGCGGGGGAACGACUCGCUGCUGCCGCCGCCCAAGCAGGGGUGGACCGGCGCGGGCCGGCACGUGUGGUACAACGAGAAGGACGAGCUCGGCCGAGGGUCGUUGGGAACAGCCGUGUACGCAGGGGUUUACGACGAGCAGGAGGGUCGGAACACGGUGGUGCGACGACCGGCGGCGAUUAAGCGAAUCCCGCUUCCCCCGGGCGAGCGACGGGACGCCGUUCGCGCUUUGGUCGAACGCGAGGUUGGUUUGCACAGGUUCCUAAACCAGAACAGCAAACGUGUCACCUUUUUGUACGGCGUGCACCUGGACGGCGACGACGCGGUGUUCACCGCUAUGGAGCGAUGCGGCGAGUCGCUGUCGCAGUGGCUCUCCAACGCCCCCGACGGGGAGGUUGCCAACUUAAACCCGAAGGAACGCGUCGACGCCGCUGCCGCAAUCGUCGCGGCGGUGGCGGACGUGCACGCCGCCAACGUGGUGCACAACGACGUCAAGCCCGAUAACUGCCUCCGCGCGUCCUCCGGGGAGUUCAAGCUGGCGGAUUUGGGUCUGGGGGUUCGGAUGAAAGACGCCGACGUUGCCGGGAAGAGCUCGGGGCGGUACUCGAUGACCACGUUCGCCGGAUACGGCGUCAACGUGCAGAUGACCGGGCGCCCGCCGGAGGUGCUUCAAGGGGACGCGUUGACAACCGCGGUGGACGUGUGGUCACUCGGUUCGUUGGUGUACACGACGCUGACGGGGCACCCGAGCCCUUACGCCGAGUCGACCGCCGGUAGUAAGGGCCCCGUCGGUGGAUCUACGGGCGCGGAUACCAUCGCGGGCCUGUACGAGAACCAGCGGAUAAUCAAGGGCGCGUUCAACCUCAACGCGUUGGAGACGGCCAAGCUGCCGCGGCACGUGGUGGUCGCCGCUCGGCACUGCGUUCACGAUAUGCUGCAACCCGACCCUAAGGAUCGACCGACGGCCGCGGCGGUGAGAGACCACCCGCUGUUCUGGACCACGGAACGGUGCGUCGAGGCGGUGAGAGACGUGUACGACGCGCGAAUCUUGAACGAUCUGUCGCCGGAGGAGGAGGCGGCGAUCGUCGCCGAGGCUUGGGGCGCGGGGAGAAAAGAAUCCGUCGGUCGCCGCACCGCGCGGUCGCUGCAGGGGUGGAAGGACCAGAUCGUCCCGGAGUUGCGGCGGCGUUUGGUGACGCGGCAGCGCGCGCUCCAGGAGACGGGCGGCGCGGGCGUUACGAGCGUUACGACGGGCGACGGUUCAUCUUCCGACGCGAGCGCGCCGGACGUCUCGCGGGUGAACGGGACGCGAGGCGCCGCCCGGGGCGGGGCGCAUCAAUCGAAGAAGACGGUCAAAGAAAACGGAGGAGUUUCCGGCGCGAACGACGGUUCAUCUUCCGACGACGGCACCGGGUACGAGUCGUCCAUCCGCGAUUUGUUCCGUUUAGUUCGAAACCUUCACGAGCACCCGCCGCUGGACAUCAACCGCGGGGACCGAACGAAGCGCGCGAUGGUCAAGUCCAUGGGCGCGCUCGCGUCGACCGUGCCUGCCCGGGGGGACGAGGACCCGUGGUCGCAGGCGAGGCGGGUGGUGGAGGGAUACCUGACGCACGCGUUCCCCGAGCUGCCCAUCAUCGCCAAGUACCUGCUGGACAACAGGGAGCACAUCGAGCGGCUGAAGAGUAGGCGGGGGGAGAUUCCAAUCGUCGGCGACGGCGGCAGCGCGGGAGGGAGGGGUCAGGGCCAGCAGAGACAGCAGGGCUCGCAGCAGCAGAAAGGGGGCUCACAGCAGCAGAAACAGCGCGGCAGGAAACAGCGCGGCAAGAAGUGAACGAACUUCGAAGCAAGCGUCGCGUUGAGAGUCGAAGGUUCGGCUUUUCAUUUUUAAUCGGGAGGAAUUGUGAAAUUUACAAC